AUGUUCGAGAUGUUCGCGUCGAUUUAUUACUUGGUCACUUGUCUGAUUUCACUUUUUCUCAACGGGUUCAUUUUGGUAGUCAGUUUGCGGGCGAGCACCAGAGGUGAGUACAAAUGGGUGUUCUUUGGUUGCUCCGUCUCAAACUGUAUCCUCUCGAUUGGUCUCCUGCUCGUCAUGCCGCAUGUACUCAAAUAUGGCUCAAAAUAUGAAUACUCAUUGAUCACGACGGCUAACCCAUUGAUGGCAUUGCUUGGUAGAGUCCCCUGUUCGAUCAUUUUCAACACGUUGUACACCCGGCAAACGCACGCAAAUUUACUCUCGAUUUGCAUCGUGCCGUUGAAUCGUUUUGUGCACGUUUGCUGGAAAGGAACGAAAGUCUCCGGAAAAGCUUGGAUUAUUAUAGCGUUGAUCCCGAAUUUCGUGCCACUUUUUGUGUUUUUCAUUGCUCGAGCUAUCGAUAUGACAACGAUUUGGGACAUCUACGAUGUUUAUUCGGAUCUUCAAGGUUUGGAUGAGCGAAACGUGGAAACGAUUUGUUGGUUGGGAGCGAAUUUCGUGAAAGACGGGGACACAUUGAUGACAAUAAGUCUUCUCUCGUAUCCGAUUAUCUCCUAUCCGAUCACUUUGUUCUGCGUUGUGAAGCUCUUCUUUUUCGUUCGCUCGAGUCAAAAAUGUGUUCGAAAUUCGGUUUCCCAGCAGGUUAUCUCGAGACAAAGAAGCAUUUUGGUGGCUAUUAUCAUACAGUCAGUUGCACCCAUUGUCACUUAUCUUCCACUUUUCUCGGUGACUCUCGUUGUUGACAGUCCGAAUGUCAAGGAUUUUGAAUACGACUGGUCUUCAAUGAAUAUUGUUCAUUAUGCGAUCACGUGGAGUCCCACGAUUGAUGCGGUGGCGACGAUUUGCUGCUUGAAAUCUUACAGACGGGCUUUCCUCGAGACUAUUUUCAACAUUCGGCCAGCAACGAAGCCCGAAGUUUGGCAAUUGAAAAAUGGGAAUGGACAGUUUGCGAAGACGUCCAAACGGGAAACUUGCUUUGCAAGACGCAUUUCGGCCGAUGAAAAAGCUAAUGGUACACCACAUGAAGGGCUGGCUCCUGACUAUCAAAUCUUUCGUUCGGAGACACCAAAUAUUAUGGUCCAGCCCAUUGAAAUGCCUGGUGAACAAGCCGAUCACCCUAGCCCUACACCCUUAGAACCACGCACUCUUUCUGCUCGAAAUCUGGAUGAAGAUUCUUUA